GAUACUUGAUAGAAUAGAACGGAAUAGAACGAACGAGACAUGGUUCAUAGCUAGCGAGUGACCUUACUCGCUUCUCCAUUCUUCUCUACACUCAUCUCUCCGCGAAAAUCUGCACACGAAGCCUUUUCAUAAUUUAUAUCUGCGAUUGCUUCUUUCAUUUAUCCACCGUUCUAUGCUCCUUCAUCGAUCAUAAGCCAUGGUCUUCACUUCCACUCUCUCCCUCUACUCUCACCCGCAGGUUCGCCUCCGCAACCAGCGCCUGCAAGCGCCGCUCUCAACCGCCGCCGCCGUUGCUCAAUUUGCGCGGCUUCCGGCUCUGAACUACCGGAGAACGUGUUCUCCGAGACUGCGAUUCGGAAGCUUCGUGGUUAGGGCUUCCUCCAGCGUGGAAGGAACUCGCGCGCGCGGCACCGGUUCUCGCAGAGUCUAUCGCCAGUCUCAGGCCAGCGCGCCGCUGUCAAGUGCUCCGGUGAAACAGAUUGUCAACAUUGUUGCGCCCUUUGCCGCCUUCUUCGCCCUCACUUUUGUUAUCUGGAAGUUAGUGGAGAAACUUCUUGUUCCAACUCAGAAGCAAUUGAAAUCUUCGACUGUGGAAAGUCAAUCCCCUUCACAAGGACUGAAAUGGUCUUUUGCUGCUGGUACAAACUUGUUAUCCCAGCUUGGGGCAAAGAUUGAGAGACAAUCUAAACAGAAGCUCAAUGAGUUUGCUCGGGAACUGAGGUCAUUUCCUAGUAUUGAUAUGUCAGGGCGCAACUUUGGAGAUGAAGGAUUAUUCUUCCUAGCUGAGAGCUUGGCAUUCAACCAGACUGCAGAGGAAGUGAGUUUUGCAGCAAAUGGAAUAACUGCAGCUGGAUUGAGAGCUUUUGAUGGGGUUCUUCAAUCAAACAUCACAUUGAAGACUCUUGAUCUGUCAGGAAACCUUGUUGGAGACGAGGGUGCUAAGUGCUUAUGUGACAUAUUGGUGAAUAACUCUAGCAUUGAGAAGCUCCAGCUAAACAGUACUGACUUGGGUGAUGAGGGUGCAAAAGCUAUUGCUGAAAUGUUGAAGAAAAACUCAAGUUUGCGGGUUCUUGAACUUAACAAUAACAUGAUUGAAUAUUCUGGAUUUUCAAGUCUGGCAGGAGCACUUCUUGAGAAUAACAGUAUACGCAAUAUACAUCUCAAUGGCAAUUAUGGUGGUGCUUUGGGGGCUAAUGCUUUUGCUAAAGCACUUGAGAGCAACAAGUCAUUAAGGGAACUUCAUUUGCAUGGAAAUUCUAUUGGAGAUGAAGGAAUCCGUUCUUUGAUGACAGGAUUAUCUUCACAUAAAGGGAAACUUACACUUCUAGACAUCAGCAACAACUCAUUAACAGCUAAAGGUGCAUUCCAUGUUGCCGAGUAUAUAAGGAAGAGCAAAAGCCUGUUAUGGUUGAAUCUUUACAUGAAUGACAUUGGUGAUGAGGGAGCCGAAAAAAUUGCAGUUGCUUUAAAGGAAAACCGAUCAAUAACAACGUUGGAUCUGGGGGGAAAUAAUAUUCAUGCAGAUGGUGUUAGUUCCAUUGCCCAAGUUUUAAAAGAUAAUUUAGUUAUUACCACUUUAGAACUUAGUUAUAAUCCCAUUGGACCAGAUGGAGCCAAGGCCUUGGCUGAAGUUCUCAAGUUUCAUGGGAACAUAAAAACCCUUAAGCUUGGUUGGUGCCAGAUCGGAGCAAAAGGGGCAGAGUUCAUUGCAGAUGCUUUAAAAUACAAUACCACCAUAUCAAUUUUGGACUUGCGAGCAAACGGACUAAGAGAUGAAGGUGCACAAUGCCUGGCUCGCAGCUUGAAAGUGGUUAACGAAGCAUUAACCUCUCUAGAUUUAGGAUUUAAUGAAAUACGGGAUGAUGGAGCUUUUGCUAUUGCUCAAGCACUCAAGUCUAAUGAUGAUGUAGCUGUCUCAUCCUUAAACAUUGCCAGUAAUUUCCUUACAAAAUUUGGGCAGAGUGCUUUGGCUGACGCACGAGACCAUGUUUUGGAGAUGACCGAAAAGGAAAUUAACAUCUUCCUCUAGAAGACAUUAUAUUCUGCAAUAAAUUCUUGUUAUAAACUAUAACAGUUUUUUAUUUUUUUUUUUAUUUUUUUUUUUUUAUUUUAAUUUUGCAUAUAUGCUGCCGGCAAGUACUGGUAAGAGCUCGUUCACAUCAAUUUUUUGAGUUCUAACCAUUAAUUGAGGGAAAGUAUAGAAAUUUGUCUGUACUGUAGCCUAUUGUUGAUCUAGAAACCGUUAAAAGCGGUUGCAGAUCCUAUUGAUUUCUUGAAUAAUGUAGUUUACCCACAAGAAUCAAUCUGUUAAGAUUAUUGUUAUCA